AUGCUCAAGUUCGAAGAAGUCCAACAGCACAACUCCAAGGACUCGUGCUGGGUCAUCGUCCACGGCAAUGCGUACGACGUGACCGAGUUCCUGCCCGAGCACCCCGGUGGAGCCGGCAUCAUCCUCAAGUAUGCCGGCAAGGACGCCACGGAAGAAUACGACCCCAUCCACCCUCCUGGCACGCUCGAGGAGAACCUGCCCAAGGAGAAGUGCCUCGGUCCCGUCGACCCCUCCACCAUCAAGAAGGAAGACAAGAAGGAGCCUGCUAAAGCCGCACCGCAGGACGACGGUGGCGUGCCGCCUCUCUCGCAGUGCCUCAACCUGUACGACUUUGAGGUGAUCGCGAAGCGCGUGCUCAAGCCAACAGCGUGGGCUUACUACUCUUCGGGAGCUGACGACGAGGUGACCAUGCGCGAAAACACGUCUGCUUUCGGUCGUAUCUGGUUCCGUCCUCGCAUCCUGCGCGAUGUGAGCAAAGUCGACUAUUCAACCUCAUUGCUCGGUCAGAAAUCCACCCUGCCCGUCUACAUCACCGCCACGGCGCUCGGCAAGCUUGGCCACCCGGACGGCGAAAAGAAUCUCACCGUCGCCGCGGGCAAAGAGGGCAUCAUCCAGAUGAUCCCCACGCUCGCCUCUUGUUCGUUUGACGAGAUCGUCGGCGCGCGAAUCAACGAAACGCAGGUGCAGUUCAUGCAGCUCUACGUCAACUCGAACCGCAAGAUCACCGAGAAGAUCAUCCAGAAGGCCGAAGAUGCAGGCGUCAAGGGCCUGUUUGUUACGGUGGAUGCGCCGCAGCUCGGUCGACGUGAGAAGGACAUGCGUAUGAAGUUCGAUGACGUUGGCUCAGAUCAGCAGAACCAGAACAAGGACAACGUCGAUCGUUCCCAGGGAGCAGCUCGUGCCAUUUCAUCCUUCAUCGACCCCUCUCUGUCCUGGGAUGACUUGACAUGGCUGCGAUCCGUCACCAAGAUGCCCAUCGUGCUCAAGGGUGUUCAGACAUGGGAGGAUGCUGUGCGUGCCGCCGAGCUGGGCCUCAGCGGUGUCGUUCUCUCCAACCACGGUGGCCGACAGCUCGACUUUGCCCGCUCGGGAAUCGAAGUGCUCGGUGAGGUCGUCGAGGCUCUCAAGGCACGCAACCUGUUCCCCAAUCCCAUGUUCCAGAUCUUUGUCGACGGUGGCAUCCGCCGUGCCAGCGACGUUCUCAAGGCCGUCGCUAUGGGCGCCACUGCGGUUGGCAUCGGUCGUCCCUUCCUCUACGCGUACUCGGCGUAUGGCAGCGACGGUGUGGUCCAUGCGAUCCAGCUGCUCAAGGCCGAGAUGGAGAUGAACAUGAGGUUGUUGGGUGCGCCAACACUGAAGGAUGUCGUGCCGGAGAUGGUGGAUGCCAGGGCGCUGGGAACGCACGUCAACUUUACGCCUAUCAGCCAUGGCCAUCAGAUCUAUGAGAAGUUGAGUACCGCUGUGGGCAUGCCUAACGAGCCGACGAACAAGCUUUAG